UCGAGCUUCCGGGCUGUUCGCACUUUAUAUGCGCUAACCUAAGUGACCCAAGAAAUCCCAGACGUGUCAGUCUCAGUCAUGGACCAGUUGCACCUUUACGCGUGGAUCGAUAUAAAGAGUAUUUUGAUAUUUUCGUGUGUGUUUUUAUUGCUGAGUGAUUAUUUUAGAAACAAAUCGCCGAAGAACUUUCCUCCUGGACCAUGGUCUUUGCCGAUUAUAGGAGACCUUCAUCACAUCGACAAUACUAGGAUUCAUCUUCAGUUCUCAGAGUUUGCAGAAAAAUAUGGCAAGAUUUUCAGCCUUAGAAUUCUUGGUCCAAGAAUUGUUGUGUUGGAUGGAUAUAAACUUGUGAAGGAAGUGUAUUUACAACAGGGUGACAACCUCGCUGACCGACCCGUGUUACCUUUAUUUUAUGAGAUAGUUGGAGACAAAGGUUUAGUUGGUGCCAAUGGGUAUAAGUGGAAGCAACAGAGGAGAUUUGCACUCUCAACUCUUCGGAACUUCGGACUGGGAAAGAAAAGCCUGGAGCCAUCCAUCAGUGUUGAAUGUUGCUUUCUGAAUGAGGCUAUUUCAAAUGAGCAAGGUCGAUCAUUUGACCCUCGUUUACUUCUGAACAACGCCGUCUCAAAUGUGAUCUGUGUGCUUGUGUUUGGUAAUCGAUUUGAGUACAGUGACAAUGACUUCCAGAAUCUGUUGAAGAACAUCAAUGAGGCUGUGUAUCUGGAAGGAGGCAUCUGUGCUCAACUGUAUAACAUGUUUCCAUGGCUCAUGCGGCUACUCCCUGGACCACACAAGAAAAUUCUUGCUCUGUGGCAUAUGGUGAUUGACUUUGUUCGAGAGAAGGUGAAUGCACACAGAGUGGAUUAUGAUCCAUCAAAUCCUCGAGACUACAUUGACUGCUUCCUUGCUGAGAUGGAAAAACUUAAAGAUGACACAGAGGCUGGGUUUGAUGUGGAGAACUUGUGCAUCUGUGCUCUGGAUCUGUUUGUAGCAGGAACUGAGACCACCUCCACUACUCUGUACUGGGGUCUUCUCUACAUGAUAAAAUAUCCUGAGAUUCAGGCAAAAGUUCAGGAGGAGAUUGAUCGUGUUGUGGGAGGGUCACGGCAGCCAUCUUUAUCAGACAAAGACAACAUGCCCUACACCAAUGCAGUCAUUCAUGAGAUACAGAGGAUUGGAAAUAUUGUUCCAAUAAAUGUAGUCCGGGCUACUGUGGAAGACACUCAGAUAGGACAAUACUCCAUUCCAAAGGGCACAAUAGUGACUGGCAGUUUGACAUCAGUGCUGUUUGAUGAGUCUGAGUGGGAGACACCUCACUCUUUUAACCCGGGUCACUUCCUGGAUCUAAAGGUGCAGUGA